AUGGCUUUCUUCGGCUUCCGCGCUUACCCGACUCCUAUGUUGAAGCCUAUGUGGCCUUUCUUCAUCGCGGCCGGUGUUGUGUUUUACGGUGUCAACAAGCUGCAGGACAUGGCUGUUUCUACUGAGGAGGCUUCCAAGGACCCGCGCAACCCUUACGGCCAGAAGGUUUUAAAGGCUGCCCACCACUAA